ACGGGUAGGUGGUGUGAGUUGCGGCUGGAGAUUAUCUGGGUUCUGGGGGGUUUGUUCAUGGAUUAAUGCAGUAGGUGUUUAUUGAGCACCUACUAUGUGCCAGGCACAGUGAGGAGCUGGAGAGCCACGCAGAUGAAAACGCCGGUCCUUGUGGAGCCUGCGGGCUAGUGGGGGGGACGAGGAUGGGCCAGGGCCUCCUGGGGGGGAGCCCCUCUCGGUAAUGAGGGGAACCCUGCUCUCCCCCCAGUAGGCCUCGGGAUGUCUCUGGCAGACGAGCUCCUGGCCGACCUCGAGGAGGCGGCGGAAGAGGAGGAAGGAGGAAGCUAUGGGGAGGAGGAGGAGGAGCCGGCGAUCGAGGAUGUGCAGGAGGAGACGCAGCUGGAUCUCUCCGGGGAUUCGGUCAAGAGCAUCGCCAAGCUGUGGGACAGCAAGAUGUUUGCUGAGAUCAUGAUGAAGAUCGAGGAGUACAUCAGCAAGCAAGCCAACGCUUCGGAAGAAGGAAAGCUGUGUUACUGUGAGCUCAUUCCAGCCGGUCCAGCAGCGAGGGAGCAGGAAGUGGGCCCUUUAUUCUGGGUGUUCUUGCGCCCCGCGAAGCUCAGGGGUUUGGUUCCUAAAGCAAGAAGGGGAAGUGGAUGUGGGGGACAGCCAGCCGUCCGCCUGUCCCCUCAUCAGAUGCCUCCCGCCCCGCCCACCUCAGACAUCAUCCACAAGUUCAUCCGGGACAAGUACUCGAAGCGCUUCCCCGAGCUGGAGUCUCUGGUCCCCAACGCGCUGGAUUACAUCCGCACCGUCAAGGAGCUGGGCAACAGCCUGGACAAGUGCAAGAACAACGAGAACCUGCAGCAGAUCCUGACCAACGCCACCAUCAUGGUGGUCAGCGUGACCGCCUCGACCACCCAGGGGCAGCAGCUGUCGGAGGAGGAGCUGGAGCGGCUGGAGGAGGCCUGCGACAUGGCGCUGGAGCUGAACGCCUCCAAGCACCGCAUCUACGAGUACGUGGAGUCCCGCAUGUCCUUCAUCGCGCCCAACCUCUCCAUCAUCAUCGGGGCGUCCACGGCCGCCAAGAUCAUGGGGGUGGCCGGCGGCCUGACCAACCUCUCCAAGAUGCCCGCCUGCAACAUCAUGCUGCUGGGGGCCCAGCGCAAGACGCUGUCGGGCUUCUCGUCCACCUCCGUGCUGCCCCACACCGGCUACAUCUACCACAGCGACAUCGUGCAGUCCCUGCCCCCGGAUCUCCGGCGGAAAGCUGCCCGUCUGGUGGCCGCCAAGUGCACACUGGCAGCCCGCGUGGACAGCUUCCACGAGAGCACGGAGGGGAAGGUGAGGGGCCGGCGGCUGAGCUCGUGGGCUGUGGGCUGUCCAGGGAGAGCGAUGGUCCUGAUGGGCGGUGUCCGUGUGCCCCUGCCGAGCUCACCGCUCCUCUUAGCAAUGACCAGACGCCGUGGCUCAGCACAGCACAGGCCGGAGCCCACAGGCCUGUCAGGGUCCGGGAAGCAAGGGCGACGCCUCUCCCUCCCCCAGAUCGAGGAGGACGCCUACCAGGAGGACCUGGGCUUCAGCCUGGGCCACCUGGGCAAGUCGGGCAGUGGGCGCGUGCGGCAGACGCAGGUGAACGAGGCCACGCGUGUGCGCGCGUGUGUGUGUGUGUGUCGGCGGGGGGUUGGGGGGCUGAUGUCAAGGGGCCAGGCCAUCUCACCCAGUUGUCCGUCCCCCUCGCCUACCCAGGGCCUGGAGAUUGUGAACCCACAAGCGGCCGAGAAGAAGGUGGCCGAGGCCAACCAGAAGUACUUCUCCAGCAUGGCCGAGUUCCUCAAGGUCAAGGGCGAGAAGAACGGCAUCAUGUCCACCUGAGGGCGCACCCUGGGUGGCCGCCACGGCAGACGUGGAGGCCCUGUGCUCCCAAGGGGCCAGGGCUGGGGGCUCCGACGGGGGGAGCCCGCCAGUGCCCAGUGCCCGGACUGUCCAGAGGGGUGCGCAGGCCCCGCACCGAGAUUGCCGCCCCAGUUGGCAGAGCGGUCCCCACCACACCUCGUUUUUGGUAUUUUAACUGGGAAAGGAGAUACUUUUGGGAAAAGUGUGAUUAAAAGCACAUUGUCUGAAUUUGA